AUGUGGUCAUUUUUUGCUUCCGCUCGCCUACCUCUCUACGUCUUCCCUUUCUUUUACCUCGCUGUAUCAUCCUUCGCCCCGUCGUGCAAACCGAUACCUGGCGACAAGCAGUGGCCAUCGCAGGAGGCGUGGGACAGCUUGAAUCAGACAAUAUCUGGUCGUCUUAUCCGCCCUAUACCACCUGGUGCAGUAUGCCAUCAAGAGCAACCCUACGCCCUAUUCGACGAAGACGUGUGUGAAAUAGUGCGAGCAAGAUGGACCAAUUGGGACUUCCAAACCAACGACUUGGUGUCAACGGGCAGUAACAAUUGGUCUAAUGAUACGUGUCUACCCUACCCUGAAUUCCCUUGCACAGCUGCGGGUUACCCUGCCUAUGUUAUUAAUGCCACAUCAAGUACCGAUGUUCAAGCUGGUGUACUCUUUGCCAAUAAACACGCCCUUCGUCUAGUGGUUCAUUCAACUGGGCACGAUCUUCUCGGGCGAUCUAAUGCUCCACACUCUUUAUCCAUCAACACACACCAUCUCAAAGAAAUGAAACUACAAGACUCGUUCGUUCCUCAGGGACGCCAACAACGCAAACACUACAAAGCAGUCACAUUAGGUGCUGGCAGUCAAAUGAGUGAGGUUUAUAGCGCUCUCGCUGACCAUAAUCUUGUGAUUGUCGGCGGCUCCUGCGAGACUGUCUCACUUGGUGGGUAUCUUACCGGUGGAGGAUACGGCGCCUUGACUCCGUGGCUUGGAUUAGCGGUCGAUCAAAUCCUUGAGGUUGAGGUGGUGCUUCCAAAUGGGCACGUUGUGAUAGCAAAUUCUUGCCAGAAUCAAGACCUGUUCUGGGCAAUACGCGGCGGCGGCGGGAGUACUUUUGGGGUUCUAAUUUCUGCAACGGUCAAAACUUUCCCUUCUCCGAGCUUUGCCAGCGUCAGCCUCAUUGCCACUGCAUCGCGUCCUUAUGCUCAAGGGACAUCCUCACUAGUUGCAUACAUUCUCUCUCAAUUUCCUUAUUUCGCUUCUCACAACAUGUCUGGGGCUCUUUUUGGCGGCCCCAGCCAAACAACCUUCACCAAGGACCCUGUCGCCGCAUUCUCUCUGGGCAUGGAUCUUAUGGGAACUGAAAAUCAGACUUUGGUGCGGAACAUUCUCAAACCUGUUGAGAAAUAUAUUCAAACUCACUUUACCGAGUUCAACGUAUCUGUUUCCACAUCGAUAUCGGCCAAUUGGAUGGAUUAUUACAUGACACAUAAAGACAAUACUGGCGCAGGAACAGAUGAGCUGGUCACAUCCCGUUUAAUCGAUGCUGAACAUCUAACCAGACACAGCAGCUUGUUACUGAAGGCUGCAACCGCGCUUGUUGAAAGAAAUGCUCUGAUCAUCGGCACCCUAGUUGGUGGCGUCGGGCUUGCCAAUGCUGAAAGGAUGGCCACUUCUGUGCAGCCGGGUUGGAAGACUUCAAUCCUUCACCUUAUCGCAGCAAAAAGUUGGCCUGCGCUCAACCAAACAGCCUAUAAUGAAGUGAAGUCUGAUUUGGAGCAAAUAACGACCCAAUUGCAAGCCCUCGGUCCCGAGACUGGGGCUUAUAUCAACGAGGCAAGCGCGCUUGAUCCAGAUUGGAGGAGAUUGUACUGGGGCAAUAAUUAUGAACGCCUGGUUCAAGUCAAAAGAGCCGUUGACCCAAACGACGUUUUCUGGUGUCCGUUGUGUGCUGGUAAUGAGCGCUUCCAAGAGGUGGAGGGUAGAGUAUGUCGAGUCAACAAGUAA